GGUUUAUGUUGGCGAAACACCGACCCGAGACCUGCUAGACGAUGGGAUUCUGUCAUCUUACCAAAAUGUAUGAAAGAUAAUUUGUUAUAUGAUGUCAUGGAAUUUUUGCGGGAGGAGAAAUUUUAUCGCGAAAGAGGUCAACCAUGGAGGAGAGGGUAUAUGUUAUAUGGGUUACCAGGAACAGGGAAAUCUAGUAUGAUCGCCGCUUUGGCUUCUACACUCGAUGUUGAUUUAUACAAUUUGAGUCUUUCGGCCAGUUGGAUGGACGAUUCCGCUCUCACGACCCUCAUCAAUGAUAUGAGUGGACGUAGUAUAUUACUCAUGGAAGAUAUAGAUUGCGCUUUACGUGAUCGUGAAGAAGACAAAGAUUCCACAAACGAUUCGAACGAGAAGGACAAGAAACAAAAUGGUACGAAGAAAGAACGUGAGAAGAGCAGAGUGACACUUUCCGGUCUACUCAAUGCUCUAGACGGUGUAGCUGCAUCAGAAGGGAGGUUGUUAUUCUGCACGACGAAUCAUCUCGACCGUAUUGAUCCAGCUAUCAAACGUGCCGGCCGAUGUGAUGUAUUGAUCGAAUUCAAACAUACGACCAAAGAACAAAUCCGAGAACUAUUCCUUCAUUUCUACGCCUCACGUCCUCCCUCCAUUCCUCCCACUCCUGAAGAUACAUCCCCUGAGAUUUCGGACGAGAAAAAACUCCUCCUGUCCACUCUCGCCCUCACUCCACCACCUACACCUUCAUACGAAGAAACAAUCAACAUCUCAGAACUGGCAGACAAAUUUGCAGCUGAUAUACCUGUGGACAGCACCACCUCCUCGGCCUUGCAGGGAUAUAUGAUGCGUUACAAGCGUCGACCCGUCGAGGCGGUGGCCGGCGUUAAGGCUUGGGUCGAAGCU